AUGAGCCCCAACCAUACGUCCCAACCGCUGUUUCCGUAUCAAGAAUACAGGAAACAACAGACACAACAACAGACAUUCAUCCUUGCGAAAGAACAACAACAACAACAACAACCAACCACGGAUACCUCCAUGAAGAAAAUCAUCCACGACUUUUACUUGCAAAGGUUUCCUCAAGAGCAACACCCGCUCGAAGAAAAUCAGACAAGUGUUCGACAUCCUUUUCAAAAUGAUCAUGUCCCAUCUCUUUUUGAUGAUGAUGAUUCAUGCACGGCAACGACGAGGAGGAGAAAAUCCACUCUCGAAUGGACAUCAAAGCGAAAGAACUAUGAUGAUGAAUUUCCAUCAGUAACCACCACCAACACCACCACCACCACCACUCUUCACACCUCAAAUCCUCAACAAGGAAACCGAUCUACACGGAAAGGAUCCGCCCCACCUCAUCCACCACCUUACCAUAAUCAUCCACCACAACAAACAACGAUCCUUAGAGGAACAAAUCAGAAUUUGAAAUUGAACAACUUUCCUUCCCAUCACGAGGUUUCCAAUCAAUAUUCCAUGUUUCAUCACCAUCAUAAUAGCAACCACAACAAUUUUCAUCAUUACCCUCCAAAGAUGCAGAACCAUCACCCACACGCAACCUUAUUAGAGCACCCUCAAAAAGUGAAUGAAGCCCUUCACUGGAGCGUACAACCAUCCAAGGCCGUACUGACAACCUCUUCAACAGCCUCCUCUUGUAUGGAUAACAAGAACAACAACCAAGUUCAAUCUUCAUCCAACCCGAUUCAUCCUCCUCCAACUACAAUUACAAACAAUGAGAAUGCCACCAAUAGCGAUGAUGAAGAAACCAAGGAAGAGAAUGAGGUCGUUCCCAUUCCAUUACCGAGAAAAGUUCGACCUCCUACCAUUCGUCCUCCCAAGAGAGGCUUUGCACGUGUGCAGCAACACAUCGAGCCCGAAUUACUCGAAACAGCACAACAACAGGUUCCUCACUUUUUGAAUGACUAUGUCCCUCGCAUGAAGAAGUCGUUUGCUCUUAAUGAACUCUCGACAGAGAAUUUGAAUUUACUCACUUCAUCCCCUACCGAAGUGCAACCGCAAGGAGCAUUCUCUUCUAGUGAUUCUUCAACGAGUCUAAGCAGCCUGUAUUCGCCCUCUCAAAACAGUGAUCGAAAGUACACACUUUUAGAUAGAAGUUCAGCCAUAUAUUUGAGGAAGAAUGACUUGGUCAUGAUUGUGGUUGAUGAUGAAGAACUGGGAAUAACAGGAAGUGCAUUUGUAGAUCCAUAUUUGCAUGGUAAAAUUGGUAAUGUGAUAACCAUCAAUGAAGAUGAAGUGGAGAUUGAAUUGGCUUCCUCUUGCUCAUCACCAACAGUGGUCGUUGGAGGAAGUCAACUGUUUAAGGAAUUGAAUGAAAUUAUUUGUGCGUCCGAUCUUUCAGAACAAAUUGUCAAGCAGAAAAGAAUUCCAACUUGCAAAGAGUUUUCUAACACUGAUCAAGACAGCACAUCAAAUGUGAAACAUUCAAUACCAUCUUUGCAUUCUGUGGACGUGAAUGUUCCUUUGUUUAAACUUAGACAUCGAAAGAGAGUCUGGGUUCCAAAGUUUUGUUUGUGUUUACAGACCGACGUUUUACGAAAGCGAAGGCAAAGAGAAUCUUCAUAUAUUCCUGAGGGUGAUCUUUUCAACAGCAAAUACGAUAGUGGAGAUGAAGAUGAUGCAAACAGUGGUGGACAAAAUGAUGACGAACGUAGUUAUGCAUGUCUUCAAUCCAGAUCAAACCAAUCUUCCACAACAGGUGAUGGCGGGAGAAAUAAUAACAACUCCCAUAGGAACACAUGUGGACAACAAUUUUCAAUGGCAACCAAUUUUGAAUCAGCCCCGUUUAUGAGAGUUGGUUGA